AUGGGUAACCAAAGCAAUCACCUUGCCAAAGUGGCCGAGGCAUGGGACCUCCUACAGAAGCGCAUUGAUGCGGGCAGCUAUGUCUUAAACGGCCAAGACCUCCACAUCUCUGAUGUUGUGGCUACGGCCCUCCAUGGGUGCAUUCCACAGAUCACCGAUGAUCCGAAGGUUGUCAAGAGCAUUCAGGACAGUGUGGAUGUUCUAUACCACUACCUUUCGAAGGGGUGGUAUGUCUAUGGCGUCAACACGGGAUUUGGAGGAAGCGCGGACACGCGAACUGAUCAAGUUGUAGCAUUGCAAUCGUCUUUGAUGCAACUGACUCAGUCCGGGAUCAUCUCCCGCCACGCUGAUGGAUCGAAGCCAGGCCAUUCUAUGCCCGCAGAAUGGGUCAAGGCGGCCAUUGUAGUGAGGUGCAACAGUACCCUACGAGGUCACUCUGCCGUUUCGCUCCCAAUUCUCAAGGCUAUAACAGACCUGCUUGAGAAUGACCUGACACCCGUUGUACCGUUACGCGGCUCUGUCUCGAGCUCCGGUGACUUGAUGCCGCUUUCAUACGUGGCCGGCAGCAUAGAAGGAAACCCGGAUGUUCUGAUUGAAAAGAACGGCAAAGUCCUCCCAGCACCCCAGGCGUUGGCAGAGGCAGGACUACAGCCAGUGAAGCUUGGCCCCAAAGAGGGUCUCGGUUUGAUUAACGGGACAUCAUCAUCGGCAGCACUUGCUUCGAUCGUGAUCACCGAAUCUCACCGCCUGGCGCUGCUUACACAAGCCCUCACCGGCAUGGCCGUGGAGGCGCUUCACGGAAGCAGAGAAAGCUUCAACCCUUUCAUUGCUAAGACCCGACCUCACCCGGGCCAGAUUGAAGUCGCUAGAAAUAUCUACUAUUUCAUGCGUGACUCAGCCCUCGCACGAGACGUGCUUGAACCAAAGAACCGCCGCUCCGAAGACUUGGUUCAAGAUCGAUACUCCGUACGAAGUGCGCCGCAAUGGAUCGGUCCACAGAUCGAGGACCUGCUUCUUGCGGACCAGCAGAUCAGCAUUGAACUCAACUCCUCGUGCGACAACCCACUUGUCGACGUAGAGACCAAGGACAUUCAUUACGGUUGCAAUUUCCAGGCGGCAAGCAUCACAUCAUCCAUGGAGAAAGUACGGUUGUCGCUGCAGAUGUUCGGCAGGAUGCUCUUCUCGCAGCUUACCGAAAUGGUCGACCCAAGUCUCAGCGGAGGCUUACCAGCCAACCUUGCCGCUGACGAUCCCAGUCUCUCAUUCACCUUCAAGGGAGUCGAGAUCAACAUGGCUUCUUACAUGGCGGAGUUAUCAUACUAUGCCGGUCCCAUGAGUCCAUUUAUCCAGGCCGCCGAGAUGCACAACCAAUCUGUCAACUCGAUGGCGUUGGCCUCGGCCCGCAUGAGUGCUCACGCGACAGAAAUUCUAACUAUGAUGACCGCAGCCCACUUAUACGCCAGCUGCCAGGGGGUCGAUCUUAGGGCUCUGCAUAUGCAUUUCGUGAAGAAGGCUAUUGAGACACUAUCAUCAGUCACCACACAGUGCUUCUCCGGAAGUCUAGCAUCAGAGGAGCUGGAAACCUUCCAGAAGGCCAUCGCAGCCCACGUAUACCCUUCCUGGUCGUCUUCGAGCAAGAAGGACCUCGCGGACCGUUGCGAAUCUCUCGUAAGCACAGCUGUGCCCAUCGUUGUCAGCCACACAAAGGGUAGCGUCGAAGACGUCACUCAAUGGAAAGAGCAAGCCAUCGAGGCCGUUAAGGCUUUGUGGAAAAAGACCUUUGACGACUUCUGCGCCAAGCCCCACACUCCCACGGUCUUGGGUAAGGGAUCAAAGGUCUUGUACCAGUAUGUUCGUGAAGAACUUGGUGUACCGUUCCACCAGGGCUUUGUUGAACACCCCACCAAUAAGGUUGAUAGCUUCAACGGCCGACCGAAGAGAACGAUCGGUGGCUGGAUCUCCAUUGUCCACGAUGCGAUCAAGGGAGGUUCUUUGUACGGCCCACUAAUAGCGUUGGCUUCGGAAGGCCUGUUGAGCGAGACUAAUGGCAACACCAACGGCUACACUAAUGGUCAUACCAAUGGACAGGCGAACGGGUACACUAACGGGUACACGAACGGCGCGCAUUGA